AUGGAUGGGCUUUUGCGCGUUGGUGGCCGGCUGCGUAAAGCAUCAUUACCGGCAGAAUCAGAGCACCAGAUUAUUCUUCCGAAAGAAGAUCACGUUACCAGAGUGACUAUCGACGAUUACCACAGGGCAUGCGGCCAUUCCGGUAGAGAGCACGUUCUAGCUUCCAUUAGGCAGAAAUUCUGGAUCACCCAAGGAAGUUCAGCUGUGAAAAGUGUUCUGGGGCAGUGUGUCAGUUGCCAUCGCCGCCAGGCACCACUUUGCCAACAGAAGAUGGCCGAUUUACCAGAAGAUCGCGUGCUGGCCGAGAAGCCACCUUUUACAUCAGUGGGUGUGGAUUAUUUUUGCCCAUUCCAAGUCCGUCGUGGGCGGAGUCUCGUGAAGAGGUAUGGCGUGAUCUUCACAUGUCUAGCAAUCCGUGCCGUGCACCUCGAAAUUGCACAUGGCCUAGGUACGGACUCGUUCCUAUCGGCUUUGCGACGUUUCAUUGCAAGAAGAGGCCAAGUGAGGCAGAUCUAUUCGGAUAACGGGUCAAACUUAAUUGGUGGUGAGAAGGAGCUGCGUGACGCUAUUUCAGAUUGGAAUCAGGAAAAGAUACACAAUUCCCUGUUACAAAAGGACAUCAAAUGGUACUUCAAUCCUCUUUAUGGUUCCCACUUUGGAGGUAUUUGGGAGAGAUGCAUCCGAACCGUUCGGAAGAUUCUACAAGCGCUGCUGCGAGAGCAAACUACGGACGACGAGAGCCUGGCCACCUUAAUGUGCGAAGUGGAGAGUGUCAUGAACAGCUGA